AUGGAGUCGUCGCCAAUCAAUCGUCUUCCUCCGGAUUCUCUCCACCAGAUCUUCUCUUCUCUUCCUCUCCGUCAGAUCAUGGUCUGCAGAUCCGUUUGCAAGUUCUUUAACCAGCUCUUAACCUCUCAGUGCUUCACGGAGAUCAUUUCCACUCGUCCUCCGUUGAAUCUACUCGCUCUCCGACCUCCUCAUCACCACAGCCACCGUCACGGAGGUCAAACGACGGCGAAUAUCCGUCCGUAUAUCCAUGUAUACGAUCCAGAGCAGAAUCAAUGGUUCAGAUUCAAUCUCGAUUUUCUCCCUUUUCGAUUGCCUCAGCCUGUAGCGUCUUCAAGCGGAUUGAUCUACCUCUGGGGAGACUCGAUCGACUCGUCUGAGUCUAGCAAAUCGCUCGUCGCUUGUAAUCCGUUGACUCGACAGUUUAAGGUUUUGCCUCAGCUGGGCUCUGCUUGGUCACGACACGGUACUGUUCUCGUUGAUUCGGUGAAUCGAGUCAUGGUUCUCACGGAGCUCGCGGCGUUGUAUUACUCAGGUACGGUGAUUGCUAACCAGUGGCUGAAAUUCUCAUCGAAUUUACCAUCGAAACCUAGAAGUCCUGUGUUAAUGUCUAGCUCUGUUUUCGCCUUGUGCGAUGUUGGAUCUCCAUGGAGAAGUCAAUGGAAGCUUUUCUCAUGUAAAUUGACGAAUCUCACAAUCACUCAUACCAAUUGGGUUUGUUUGGAGAAACAUGAAUGGGGAGAUAUCUUUGAUAUCAUCAAAAGACCAAGAUUGUUGAGAGGGAAUGGCGAUUCGAAGCUGCUUAUGAUCGGUGGAUUGAAAUCGACGUUUUCGUUGAAUCCGGCUUGUUCGACGAUACUGAUACUUAGGCUUGAUUUAGAGAGCUUGGAAUGGGAAGAAGCAGGUAGAAUGCCUCUUGAUAUGUAUAGAGGUUUUCAAGAAUCGAGUAAGUUUAAAGUUUUUGGAGGUGGAGAUAGGGUUUAUUUCUCGGCGAAAAGGAUGGGGAAGCUUGCAAUGUGGGAUUGUUGGGAAGGAUGGAGAUGGAUCGAUGGUGUACCUGGUUACGCAGAUGGUUUGUGUCGCGGGUUUGUGUUCGAUGCUAAGCUUACAAUGAUGCCAUGA